CAGAGAAGGUCGUAAGCAGAAACGUAAGUUUCUGCAGACCCCGCAAUAUGGCGAGCGCCCUCUGGGAAGGCUUUCAGUGAAAAUAUAAGGCUAUGGACUGUGGUGCUAUCUGGGAAGCUAAGAUUACUGCACUCAACGUGGCACACUGGUAAUGCGAUGGAUCUUGUCAAAGUGAUCUUACUUGGAGCCCCCGGCGUGGGAAAAACCUCGAUCAUACAGCAGUUCGUGUGGAACGACUUCUCGGACGAAUACGUGUCGACGAGCCGUAAGCAUACAUACUACCCUUCCGUGAUCAUCAACGACCACCUAUACGAGCUGAAGAUAUCCGAUCUGCCGGCGAUAACUUACUUCCCCGUCAACUCGUACUACGAGUGGACGGAUUUCAGAUUCUACGGGCUUCGCAGUGCGACGGCCUACAUUCUCGUGUUCGACCUAUCUAACGUUGAUACAUUCCAGUACAUCAGGACACUGCGUGAGCAGAUCGCGGAGAGUCGCGACAUCCGCAACGUCCCACUGCUGGUCGUCGGCAACAAACAAGACUUACUGGGGACUCCAAACGGCUCGGACCCCGCGGACAGCACGGCCGGGGCCGGUAACCACCCGCAUACCGCAGGGGUGUUGGCGGUGACAGGGAGCAACAGCGUCGAGAAACGGCGGGACAUCCAGAACCUGGUGAAGAAGCACUGGAAGUGUGGCUACGUCGAGUGCAGUGCGAGAUACAACUGGAGAGUGGUCGCCGUCUUCAAGGAGUUGAUGAAGACGGUGGACUCGAUGGAGGGGGGCGGAGGCUUGUCCACCCAAGGCUACAAGGAGGUGUGCUCUCCCAUGAUAGACAACAUCCACGAUGCCCUCGAUAGAAACAAGUGUGUGAUUUUGUGAAAGUGCGAGACCCGGGAGGCUGAGGGAAAGACAAGAUGGAGGAGACGCAGCCGGUCCCUUGGGAGCACCUCUCCCUCGUCCUUGCACAAUUCCAAACAGCCCUGGGUUAAAGAAAAUUCUACAGAAGUCAAACUCUAAUUCUAGAUCAAACAACAAUAGAGACUCAUCCGAACUAGUAAUAGAAACUGUUGAUUGUGUGACUAGACCUAUUUUAGCGGGUUAAUUGUUAAACUCCUGUAAUGUUAGGUAUUUGAAAUUCUUACCCCAUGUUGUUAUUGCAGAUAACUGUGACUUCAUUCCAAAAAGUGUCAAUGAGCCGUGAGAGUAACCGCUUAUGCCAAAUUGUUACUUGAAGCGAUGUGUUUUUAAAUUUAUCAUUACAUUGAUAUUUUGUAUGCGAUCCCUUAAAUUCUUUUAUAAGAUAUAUCUAUUUAAACGAUAAAACGCUACCCUCAAUUUCCUACAAAGUGCUACUCUUUCAGUGGUAGGACGUUUUAAGUUAUACGUUUUAAGAACUUUCUCCACUGACAAUAAAAAUAAUCAGGAGUUUGAUGCUGAUGACAAAAUAUCCAAUACAUCUAACCCAAUAAAAAAUAAAUACAAAACUACAACACUAUACGAACAGAGUUCAGAUAUUUAAGUAUUAUGUAAUAAUAUUUAAAACAUUUUAAUAAAUAUUAUAUUUAUAUUUAGAAAUAUUUUAAAACAUUAAUAUUAAUUAGAAAGGUUCCAAUGCAAUGUAUAAACAUUUAUAUUUCCUUCUAAAAAUAACCCAAGUUUUCUUUCGUUAAAUAUUGAAGUACGUAAUGCUUUAUAGUUUGGUGUGAAGGUACAUUUACUUAGUUUUUGUAAUCCAUAAUAUAAAAAGUAAUUGAAGACCGAGAUAUAGCUCAUGCUACUAUUAUUGAGAUAUUUAGCAGAAAAAGAAAUUUCUAUGAACACAACACUAUAUGAACAGAGUUCAGAUAUUUAAGUAUAAUAUAAUAAUAUUUAAAACAUUUUAAUAUAUAUUAUAUUUAUAUUUAGAAAUAUUUUAAAACAUUAAUAUUAAUUAGAAAGGUUCCAAUGCAAUGUAUAAACAUUUAUAUUUCCUUCUAAAAAUAACCCAAGUUUUCUUUCGUUAAAUAUUGAAGUACGUAAUGCUUCAUAGUUUGGUGUGAAGGUACAUUUACUUAGUUUUUGUAAGCCAUAAUAUAAAAAGUAAUUGAAGGCCGAGAAAUAACUCAUGCUACUAUUAUUGAGAUAUUUAUAGCAGAAAAAGAAAUUUCUAUGAACCCAUGUAAACCUCAAUUUCUAAAUUAUUUAUUUCAACAUACUUCAUGAACAGACAUGCAUUGACAAAACUACCUUUUAUAUUAUCAUCACUACGAUUUAAAAUUAUCAAUAUUUGAGAAGAAAGGCUUCAGAAAAACCGUGUAUGUACGAAAUAGUACGUAAAAUCUUGAAUUUUCAAUUUCAGGUAAUGAAGUAGCACAAACUGUCCAAAAUGUGCGAUUUUCAGCUCCCGCAGCGAUAGAGAGAGAGCUAUUUCAAAUAUUUAGCUGAGUUAGCAAUGUUUCGACGCAUUGUGUAAUAAAAUAUAUGAUUAGAGCUUAAAAUUUCUUGUCACCCUUAUAGAAGACCACGGUCUCAAAUUCCCUCAAUAUAAACUUCGUUAGAUAGUAUGUAUCAUAGAAAUGGAACAUUUCGAUACAGAUAAUUUUGUUAUCUAAAUUGAAGCCGCUUUAUACAAGUUACGAGAGAACAUUUUUUUCCAAGUUGAUAUAAUCAGAUAAACUUCAGUUAGUAACAAGUAUACACAAGAACUGAUUGUAUAAAAAUACUUUUCUUGUAAUUAUAUACAACUGCUGAAGUUGGGUGUAUAAGGGUACGUUAUUUAAUAUUGUAAGUAGCGGCAAAACCAGAUGUACCAAGGGAAGACCCUUGUUAUUGUAAGUAGCGGCAAAACCAGAUGUACCAAGGAAAGACCCUUGUUAUUGUAAUUAGUGGCAAAACCAGAUGUAUGAGGGAACGUUCCUUGUUAUUGUAAGUAGCGGCAAAACCAGAUGUACCAAGGAAAGACCCUUGUUAUUGUAAGUAAUGGCAAAACCAGAAAUAUGAGGUAACGUUCCUUGUUAUUGUAAGUAGUGGCAAAACCAGAUGUACCAAGGAAAGACCCUUGUUAUUGUAAGUAGUGGCAAAACCAGAAAUAUGAGGUAACGUUCCUUGUUAUUGUAAGUAGUGGCAAAACCAGAUGUACCAAGGAAAGACCCUUGUUAUUGUAAGUAGUGGCAAAACCAGAAAUAUGAGGUAACGUUCCUUGUUAUUGUAAGUAGUGGCAAAACCAGAUGUACCAAGGAAAGACCCUUGUUAUUGUAAGUAGUGGCAAAACCAGAAAUAUGAGGUAACGUUUCCUUGUUAUUGUAAGUAGUGGCAAAACCAGAUGCAUGAGGGCACGUUCCUUGCUAUUGUGAAUAGCGUGUAUAACAUAUGUGAAAGAGCACGUUUCUUAUUAAUCAAAGUAAUAGCCAAAAUUUAAUGUACGAUUGGACUAUUUUGUUAUAGUGACGGCCAAAAUAAGAUGUAUGCAGAAAAUUUUGAUGUUACAAUAUAAAGAUAUUGUAACAUCAAAAACACCAUUAUGUUUAUCAAAAUUGAGGUUUAUUGUUUAAACGGAACAAGGAAUUAUUUAAUGUAUAAAAAAUAAAUGUUCAAUUAAUAAAAUGAUCUACUCUGAAUAUUAUCAUUAUGUUAUAAUUAUGUAAUUAAGUUAUAAAGUGUUCUUGUGAAAAAAUACAAAUAUUUAUAAAAUUAUACAAAUAUUUCAUAUAUAGGGUUGAUAAGGCUCAUAAACUUUAGAAAAAUGAAUAAGCAAUGCAAGAAAUCAGCUUAUUUUAUGCAAUAAAUAUAGUUUGAAUCAUUCAUAUGCAAUAUUGUUAUUAGCGUUGCAUUUUACUUGUUAUACCUUGUACAUAAUUUUACUACCUAAAUUUCUAAAAAUUGAUAAUGUAAUAAAUCACCUUUGUGUUCCAUCUUGUUUGGUUUAAAUUACCAAGUUUUCAAAGGUUGUGAUUUUACUGCUUCUUUCUAUAAGUAUUAAAGUAUAAGUUACAGAUAGUUUGAUAGCUUAGUAAAUAUUUUUUAUAAUAUUUAUAUUAUUAGUUGUAUGGAUAUUUAAUUACCUAUACCAAUUAUUCUCCAUGUGGAAGUCUCUUCGUUCUAAGCCAAAUACUAGGUAUUUUUUAUGCAUUCGUUUAUUGUUUAAUUACAUGUGUUGGAAAAUUUUAUUUAUACUUCGGAUUAAUGUUUCUAUGUUUUAUGGCAAAUUCCGGCUGACUGUUACAUAUUACUGUAGUAGAGAAUUUCAGUUAAUUAAACAACUUGCAAAUAUUACUAUUUCGAUACUAAAAUAUUUGAAAGGGAACUAUUACAACUCAAACUAACCAUACAUAACUAAUACAGUUAUAGUUUUAGUUAUUGUUUAUUGUCGUCUAACCUUAACAGACAUUCAGCAUAAAUUUGACUUAUUUCUAGUUUUCCGCAAUUGAUUUAAAUGUUGUUAUAGAGAGGUAAAUUAAGAUUAAAGAGAGUGGAAGAGAAAAUUUUAUUAUUAAUUUGUUGUUUAAUUUUUUUUUAUAAAUGAAAAUGAAGUCUUCCUCUUAUUACGUAAAGUUGUAAUCUCACUACGGUUGUUAUGCGUUUUGUGUUCCUUUAACUCAGCCAGUAAUAACGUAUGGCUGUUACGUUUAUAAGAGUUUUAGUAAAGAAUUUCUUCCUAUUAUGUGGGGGUAAUUCAUAGUACCACACGGUGACACAUAACAGAACACAUUAUUUUCUAACAGGACUAUAUCACUUUAACUAUAACAUCAUGCAAAGGUACGUACCGUGCAUUUACUUAUACAUUGUUCACCACUAGGUAUAAAAUGAAUUACUACAAAAUAAAACAUUUAAUUUUAUGUAAAAUAAUGUUUAGCUCAUAUAUCACACGUGUAGCUAUAAAUAUUUUAAUGUAGUUUACUUCGUAUGUUAAAAGGUCGUUAAUACUGACUUGUAAUUGAAAUAUCAUCAGAAGUUAAUGUUAGUACUAUAUACACUUUAGUGGUAAAUUGACUUUACAAAGUAUUGAAAUGUAAAGUAAAAAGAACAUUAUCGCCGAACUUCUUGGAAUUAAUUAUAUCAUGAGGUUUAAAGUGCAAGCACAGGUAGAUUAGACAGAUAGUCAGUACCGUGUUCAUUCUUAAUAAUAAAAAAAAUACCUAACAACUGUAUUUCAAUACAUAUACAACUAUCAUUAUUGUCAUGUUAUACUGUAAUAUGUGAUAUUUAUUUUUAAGUUAUUGGUACAAACGUAGUUAGUAACAUAACCAUAAAGUUGCAACUAACAAACGCCAUUCUGCUUCUAUGGUCUACAGUUACAGUCUAUGUAUCUUUCGUGUUCUGUAUUAUACAGAAGCAAAUAUUAUAAGUUGGUUCUUUGUUCAUCAAAAUCAAUAAUGUUAUAAUGUUAUUGUACCAAAUCAUGUGUGAAUUUUGUAACGCUAUUUUAGGUGAUGCUACUGCAAAUUGUGUUGCAUUAAUUCUUAAGGUGAGUUAAAUACUAAAACCAGAACAAUAAACUUGUGGUCACUGUCAUGUUAGUGAUGUAUACAAUAAAUAAAACUAAUUAAAUAUAUAUUAGACGUUCGGAAGCCCGGCCUACAAAAUUGUGUGCUUGGUUAGUUGUUUAGUCAUUUUUCAUUCUUGAAAACACCUUUAUACCCCAAUAACACUAGGGAUAAACAUCGCAAUCUAGCACUAGAUAUUACAGUAAUGUUAGUGUACAAAUUCACUUCCUCACAUACACGUAAAAUAUCGAUGAGUUAUUUUUAUAAAAAUGUAGCAAGACCAUUGCACCCCACUGAAAUGUCAACGUACGCAGAGAUUAUGCUGUCAUAGUGAAAUAAACUUACAUUAAACUAAUGACGUUAAAUUGAUUUUUUUUAUUUUACAACUAUUGGGUAUUAUGCUGGAUGUACUCUAAACAAUAAAUUCCUGCAGUUAAAGUCCGUGCCCUGAGAUAAAAAAAUAAAGUGCCAUUCUUGAUUACUGCAGUUACGAUUUUUAGUCCUAUAGCGAAAUUUAUAUAAAAUAUAAAUAAUUUUCACACCUUUGCUUAAAGGUUGUUAUUUACAAAGUAAGUUUUGAAAGUAUAACAUGAUGUAGGACAUUUACCAUAGUUAUAUGUUAUAAAAGGCACAACACAACGUUUUGAGUAUUGGAAUCUAUACUCUUCGUCACGUGGAGUGUAUUUUAAUACGUAUAAAAACAUAGAACAGAAAGAAGAAGAAGAGAAGGUUAAGAAAAGGAUUCACACAUUCCCGAAAGCUGCUUGGCGUCCUGCCCAGGCGUUGUCACUGCACAGGGUGAAAGUCCCGAGCACAAGUCACAAGCACUUUUCUUGUCGGUAUUUCACAUCCGCCUGUGCUGGUGUGACCUGUGAUUGUGCUCUUGAUUUCUAGUCCUCGUCACUUGAGCUCGGGACUUGCAUCCUGUAAAGCGAUAACGCCUGGACUGAACUCCAAGCAGCUUUCGAGGAUGUUUGAACCUUUUCUUUAUCUUGUUUUUUCAUUUCUGUUCUUUAAUUUUGUUUGCAUCAGUACCGCCUCCCUCCACCUGACGAAGAGGACAGAUUCCAUUCCUCGACACAUUGUGCUAUACCUUUUGUAAUAUAUAAUGAUGGCAAAUGUCUAAACUCCAAUUAAUUUUCUUUGUUUUAUAACAUGUGCAUGGUUCAAAGAACUGCAUAUGUUGUUAAACAAUACAAGCGAUCUUGUAACUGCUAUUGUGAAAUCCAGUGAAACUGUACUGAUGUUUAAUUUUCAAUCAAUAAAUUAUCUUAAAAUUUCUAUUGAUUUAUUAUUACUUCUAUUAACGAUAAACUGUUUCCAAUCAUGUAUAAUAUUGAUAUAUCGCAACAAUAAAAUGUUGUCAACUUUGACUUCCUAAAUUGCCACAGUGUAUAUGAGGAGGUGUAUAGUGUAUUAAAGCCCUUACUUGUUUAUAUCUUUUUCCAUGGUUUAAUGAUACUCCAUACAAUUUGUAGAAAAGUUAACACAUUCCAACACUUAUUUUCCAGAAAUUAUUUGAAAGAAUGAUACAUCCAUAAAGUUUUUCUUUGCUGUGGUAUUUAUACUAUUAUAUGUAUGAAAACUUUGUAAAACGCACAUUUGUUUAGCAAUACGCUGGUUGUUAAAGCAUUUUGUCCUUAAUGUCAAGGCGCAAAAUGUGCCUGAUUAUAGUUGUGUAUUGUUUUUUAUAUAUUCUGUAAUAAUAACAUUGUAAGAGCAAUAAUAAUUGUUUACUAGUUGUAUUACUGUACAUUUUAUCUAUUAUAAAUACA